UUUGACUAGCACAGUCUGGAAGUGGGUUGUACAGGAUGAGAGAGAGAAGCCUAAUUGCUCUCCCAGCAUCAGCAGCAUCUAUAAAGCAUCCUGGGAAUUGCUUGCCCUACGUUCAGAGCAGCUGGUCACAUGAGCCUGAAUUUUCAGUUCAGUUCAUUAGUCAGCCAUUUUGGUCAACACCCUGCUUACUGCGCACGGCCAAUCCUAUGAGAACUCAGCAUCCCAGCUCAUCUGAGCAGAUCCUGGAAGUGAUUUCUGCAGCUCAGGAUUUUUUUUUAAGCUACAUUGAAAAUAUAGGUUUAUUUUUUGUUCAGGUUUUUCUUUUAUAUUUUUUUCUGCACAAAGGAGGAGGAUUUUUCACUUAUUCAUAUCGAGGCCAGAUUUUUAAAGCCAGCUAAGGCAGCAUCGGCUGUGCGGGAUUUAAAGCCUAUAGCUCAGCUGAAAAAAAAGGUGGGGGGCAGGGAAGGGAAGAUAAAAGGAGAGGAAGCUGGGAGAAGACAAGCGUCAUCUUAUUUUGCUAUGUGGUAGGAACUGUCUAUAAGAUAGUGUAGAAUUGUUUAUCUUGAGCAGUUUGUUCUUAACCUAUAAGGUAUUUUUCCUUUUUUUUUUUAAGCCUCCCCCACCCUUUUCCUGAAAGCUUUGUUUCAGAGCUUUGUAUUGGGUUUUUUUGGUGAGGAGGUUGUAUUUAUUUUUGUGGGGUGUGUGUGUGUGUGUCUGUGUGUCUGUGUGUGUGUUGUGGUCCCAGCUGAGUCAUCAUGUCUGCUCUGACGCCUCCGACCGAUAUGCCAACCCCCACCACUGACAAGAUCACACAGGCUGCCAUGGAGACCAUCUACCUUUGCAAAUUCCGAGUGUCCAUGGAUGGAGAAUGGCUCUGCCUGCGAGAGCUGGAUGACAUCUCACUUACACCUGACCCAGAGCCUACCCAUGAAGAUCCUAAUUAUCUCAUGGCUAAUGAACGCAUGAACCUCAUGAACAUGGCCAAGCUGAGUAUCAAGGGCUUGAUUGAAUCAGCUCUGAACCUGGGGAGGACUCUUGACUCUGACUAUGCACCUCUCCAGCAAUUCUUUGUGGUGAUGGAGCACUGUCUGAAACAUGGCUUGAAAGCUAAAAAAACUUUUCUUGGACAAAAUAAAUCCUUCUGGGGGCCUCUAGAACUGGUAGAAAAGCUUGUUCCAGAAGCCGCAGAGAUAACAGCAAGUGUUAAAGAUCUUCCAGGACUUAAGACACCAGUAGGUAGAGGAAGAGCCUGGCUUCGUUUGGCAUUAAUGCAAAAGAAACUUUCAGAAUAUAUGAAAGCUUUGAUCAAUAAGAAAGAACUUCUCAGUGAAUUCUACGAACCCAAUGCCCUCAUGAUGGAAGAAGAAGGAGCCAUAAUUGCUGGUCUGUUGGUGGGUCUGAAUGUCAUUGAUGCCAAUUUCUGUAUGAAAGGAGAAGACUUGGACUCUCAGGUUGGAGUUAUAGAUUUUUCAAUGUAUCUCAAGGACGGGAACAGCAGUAAAGGUACUGAAGGAGACGGUCAGAUUACUGCAAUUCUGGACCAGAAGAACUAUGUAGAAGAACUGAACAGACAUUUGAAUGCUACUGUAAACAACCUUCAGGCAAAAGUAGAUGCUUUAGAAAAAUCCAACACUAAACUGACAGAGGAGCUUGCAGUUGCAAACAACAGGAUCAUUACCUUACAAGAAGAAAUGGAACGAGUUAAAGAGGAAAGUUCCUACAUACUGGAAUCCAAUCGGAAGGGUCCCAAGCAAGACAGAACUGCAGAAGGGCAAGCACUAAGUGAAGCAAGAAAGCAUUUAAAAGAAGAGACACAAUUACGAUUGGAUGUUGAGAAAGAACUGGAGAUGCAGAUCAGCAUGAGGCAGGAGAUGGAAUUGGCUAUGAAGAUGCUGGAGAAGGAUGUCUGUGAGAAGCAGGAUGCCCUGGUAUCUCUUCGGCAGCAGCUGGAUGACCUCAGAGCUCUCAAGCAUGAACUUGCCUUUAAGCUGCAGAGUUCAGACUUAGGAGUAAAACAGAAAAGUGAACUAAACAGUCGCUUGGAAGAGAAGACUAAUCAGAUGGCUGCUACCAUUAAACAACUUGAACAAAGAUUGCGCCAGGCUGAGCGAAGCCGCCAGUCUGCUGAGUUGGACAACCGGCUCUUCAAACAGGACUUUGGAGACAAGAUCAACAGUCUGCAGCUGGAAGUCGAGGAGCUCACCAGGCAGCGGAACCAGCUUGAGUUAGAACUAAAACAGGAAAAAGAAAGAAGAUUACAAAACGACAGGAGCAUCCCAGGAAGGGGUUCCCAGAAGUCAGAAUCCAAGAUGGAUGGGAAGCACAAAAUGCAAGAGGAAAAUGUUAAACUAAAAAAGCCCCUGGAAGAAAGCCACAGGUGUUUGUUAAUCAAGUAUUAACUAAGAUGUAAAGUUAUUCUGGGGUGGUGGGAAGGAGGGAGUUCUUUAUAUACAUUGGCAUUGACACCGACCAGACACUGACUUAUAAUAUUAAUAUGCCAGGAAGACAUUUGAAGUGGAAGUUAAUAAAACGUAUAACAUGUAUUAAACCAAACCCAUUAGGCCAUUUCAGAGGAAAGAAGGAUGAUCCGGCUGUCCUCUCUCUCUUCCCUGAUUAAUUCCCAAGCUCAGAUUAUCACUUAAGAGGUUAUUUCCCACCUUUACUGAAUUGGUAUCCCAGGAAAAUAAAGUAUAAGUCAUACAUAGCAUUUCUUAACUUCUUAAAUAUAUUUGAGUAUGACUUGUUUCUACCUCUGUGCUAAAUUUCAAAUAAGUGGCUGGGCGCAGUGGCUCACGCCCAUAAUCCCAGUACUUUGGGAGGCCGAGGCAGGUGGAUCACCUGAGAUUAGAAGUUCGAGACCAGCCUGCCAACAUGGUGAAACCCGGUCUCUACUAACGAUACAAAAUUAGUCGGGUCUGGUGGUACCUGCCUGUAAUCCCAACUACUUGGGAGGCCAAGGCAGGAGAAUCACUUGAACCCAGGAGGCAGAAGUUGCAGUGAGCCAAGAUAGCGCCACUGCACUCCAGCCUGGGCAAUAGAGUGAGACUCUGUCUCAAAAAAAAAAAAAAAGUUCAAAUAAGUACUCUGAUUUAUCUUAUCUCUCAUCUCUCAUUUUUCCUUUAUCUUGAGAAUCUCAAACAGCUUAACUUCAUUCCUUUAUCCUAACUCUGUCUGAUUUGCUCAUGAUGAAGAGCAUAGGAUAGUUUCAAGGAAGCUGACUUUUUAUAGUUAUUUUAGCAGGUUAGAAAUAUAAUUAAAUAUUACAUAGUGCCACUGCAUUAAAAAGUGAAGGAGAUCCAGUUACAUGACAUUCUGGAAAAGACAAAACUAUGGAGACAAAAAAAAAAAAAUCAGUGGUUGCCAGUGGUAAGAGAAGGAAGGAACGAACCGGUGGAACACAGAGGAUUUUUAGGGCAGUGGACUACUCUGUAUGAUACUAUGAUGGUGGAUACAUGUCAUUAUACAUUUGACCACACUAUAGACUAGACACCACCAAGAGUGAACCUUAAUGUAAACUAUAGACUCUGGGUGAUGAUGUUGUGUCAGUGUAGGCUCAUCAGUUGUAACAAAUGUACCACUCUGGUGCAGCAUGUUGACAAAGAGGCCGGGGAUGGGGCAGGAGGCAUGUGGGAAGUCUCUGUACUUUCUACUCAAUUUGACUGUGAACCUAACUGCUCUAAACAUAAAGGUCUACUUUAAAAGGUGGAGGAAGAGGUUAGUGAUGAGGAAUGACACCACAGUGAGGUUUUGAGAGAACUAUACAGCUGUCCCUAGCCAGGCUUUGUCACCUUAAGAAUGAGGUAGUGUGUCAUCUGGAGAAAAGUAGCUGCUGGAGAAGAGAAAACACACAGUCCAAUAGUAAGCUAAUUAUGCAGGUGCUUGGCCUGAAUGUCCCUUUCUGGCCUUGCUCCCAAAGAGCAUGGUUUGAUCCAGAGCUAACCUUAAACUAUCACCCAUCUCACAUUACAGAAUGGCAUAAGCAAAGAGAAGGGAACUAGAAGGGCCAUAAAAUUAACCUGGGCUUCCAGGUGCCUUUCAGGGUCAGCCUCAUUCCAAACUAAAAUCAAAUCAUUUGCUUGAGCAACCAGGAGUGUCUUAAAUGCCAACUUCUGAUUUAGGUCCUGAGAAUAUGGAACAGUGCUUCCUUAUAUCUGAAUUGUGCUCUGCAACUUAGAAUUUGUUUCACAUUUAUUAUCUCCUUAUGAUUCAAUAUUCCUUACAAAAGUACCUAAUGCAACUUUACAGAUGAGAAAACUGAGAAGCAGAGAGGCUGGGUGACUUAUCCAAGUUGCCUCUGUUUAUCAUGUCUACUGUUUUUAAGUCCUUUGGCUCUGCACUACCUAUUAGCAACUUCCAGGACUUAUUCUGGCCAUAGCUGCAAUCGUUAGACAUACCAGGCUUCCUGGGAUUAUGAUGGCAAGGAACAUCGGAAAACCUGGUCACUCCAUGGUGUAUGUCUGGUGGUCACACUGCUACUCAAGUGAAAAGAAUAAGAACCAUUGCAAUCUGUAGUGCAUUUUCCCUGUAACCGAGAGCGGGCUUUGCUUCACCUCUCAUUUAGGCUCUAGUCCAUGCUGGAACAUCGGAGUUAGCUCAGCUUAGUCCCUCAUGAAGAAAUAUUUCAACCUGAAUGGGUUUUCUGGUGACAAUCUCAUUCAUUUCCCCUUCUUGGGUUAAUUUGCUAAAGCUCACAUCUUAAGAAUAUUUGGGACUGAUAUACAACAUGUGAUAAUGGAUAAUGGAUAGAUUUCCAUAAUAUCAAAUAGAAAAAAAGCUACUAAAAUAUAUGGCCAGUGAACCAUUGGAGUUUUACACAUUGGGAAACAUAAAUGCUAACUAUUUUGAUAGCAAAAAGGAAUGUAAAAUAUAACUUCAAAUCUAUUUUUAAAUGGGAACCCUUAUAUAAUAGGUCAAGGGUCAGAUUCUAGUGAUUCAUUUUAAGAAGCAAAGUUUCCUCUCCUUGGAGGUCAAAAUUAAUAAUUAUGUUCUUCUAAGUAAUAUAAAAGACCUACAGUAUUUCUUGUUUGAAAAAAAUGUUUGUAUUCUGAGCUUUUUAUUGAAAUGAUAUAAAUGAAAAUACACGAA